AUGGCCUUAAUAGCGACUGGGAGCACACACUGUUUCUCUGCUCUCAUCUCUUCACACCUGACCAGCGUCUCUUCUCCCUCUGAGAGUCACGCAUCACUGAAUGUCCCUUCCUGCUCUUCACAGGACGGGGAGAUCGAUGCAGAGGAGCUCCAGAGGUGUCUGACCCAGUCUGGUUUCACCGGCAGCUACUCUCCGUUCAGCCUGGAGACGUGCAGGAUCAUGAUCGCAAUGCUCGACAGAGACUUCACAGGGAAGAUGGGCUUCAACGAGUUCAAGGACCUCUUCACGGCUCUGAGCGGCUGGAAGCAGAACUUCAUGAUGUUCGACCAGGACCGGAGCGGAACGGUGGAGCCCCACGAGAUGACUCAGGCAGUCAACGCUAUGGGCUACCGCGUCAGUCCUCAGGCCCUGAAUGUUAUCAUCAAGCGCUACAACAAAGGAGGGAGGAUCUUCUUUGACGACUACGUGGCCUGCUGCGUCAAACUGCGAGCUCUCACGGAGAACUUCAGACGGAGAGACGCCAUGCACCAGGGAUCUGUCACCUUCCAGUAUGACGAAUUCAUCCUGUGCACAAUGGCCAUCUAAGGUCUGCCGCGUGUCCCAUGCCACGCGGUCGGCGCACCCAACGAGCCGAUCGCUGGUGCAUUCUGGGUCGUCACCUCAUAGGAAUGCAAAGGGAGGCCAGUAUAUUUGACUGAGCGGCCGAGAGCCGCACCAGCAGAGUACCCAUUGCUUGUAAUGCUUGCUGUAACGCUUUAGUCUUGUUUGUUGCACAGGGACGUGCUGAAGAUGUAUCAGGUGUACACACACGUAUAUAAAUAUAUAUACUCCGUAUGAAUCCACAUCAGAGGGGAUCUAAUACGUAGCGUCUAUAAAGCCCUUAUGUGUAGGUUUUCAAAAGGAAUGGAUAGACCAGUUUUAUAUCUUCUAGUUUGAAUGUUAUGCGUUGGGUCUCAUGUUGGAGUGAAGCGAUACUGUGAGCAUGUUCUCACCUGUGAGACACCUACUGUGCCAUUUUAAUAUCUGAAUGUAUGGUCUAAUAUAUUAAACCCAGUUAUAUAGAACUUCUUAGUAACAGCAGCGUAACGAUAGACUCAAUGUUAGCGUUUACUGAUAACAUGUUGAUUUGCUUUUACACUGAACUUGUUUUUUUUUGUGCACUUGUUUGAUAAAACGUAUAGAUGUUUAAGUUGAUAACAAGCCAAAGUGACUGUGAGCCACUCUGAUACCUUACUAAUGAUGGUGAGAUAGAGACUAUAUGUAUGUGCAUAUGCCUGACAUGUUUCAGUACAAACACAGCCAUGUUUUCAUUUGCAAAGACUGCAGUGAGGUCAACCUGUGCACACACACACUCAACAUUAAAGUAAAGAUCAUAUUUUGUUACUCACAAUAAAUACUUUCUAAUCAGUA